CGACUGCCAUUGCCACCGCAUUGAGGGGCAGUGUUGUAAACGAGCAUUGCUCCUUCACCAUUCGGUGAAACAUCCCUUACUUGAGAAAUAAGGCUACAUAUAAGGUAGAGGUCCUGAAAUGUCACUGGUCCUGCCUCUUCUAAAGGCGAAAAAAGACGACGGAGAGAAAAUGCCACGAGAAGAUGAUGACUCAGAGAUCGCCUUGCUCAGGAUACAACUUGAAGCUUGUCUGGCAAGGAAUGUCUCCCUGGAGAAAGAAAAUCAGGAGCUGAGGCAUGAAGCGGCGCGCCUAAAGUCACAGAUAAGCUCCCUCAAGGCGCACGACAACGAAAGGAAGUCCCUUCUCUGGAAGAAGAUACAGAACUCACUAGAGAGCGAAAAUGUGUCUCUGCAGAAACCGACUGCUAAGAUAGCGGAACACAAUUCGCCUGCCGAGAACUUAUCUCCGAGACUAGCUUUUGCAGCUAAAAAGGAAAGAGAAGAAAGGAUCCCAGUUCCGCCACCGAAGCCUAAUGCUAAUCUUGCUUCCUUUAAGGAUGAGAAUGGGAAAAAGUUGCCAUCGGCUCCAGCACCGCCCCCGCCCCCGCCGCCAUCAAGAUCGCUUUCAGGGAUCCGAGCAGUUCGCCGUGUGCCGGAAGUGGUGGAGCUGUAUCGUGCGCUGACGAGGAAAGAUGCACGGAUGGAGAACAAAUCCAACCCAACAGGAGUACCCGCAGUCACAUUCACUAAGAACAUGAUCGGAGAGAUCGAGAAUCGCUCUUCUUAUCUCUCGGCUAUUAAAUCCGACGUGGAGAGACAGGGGCAAUUCAUCAAUUUCCUAAUCAAGGAAGUGGAAUCGGCAGCCUUCAAAGAUAUGACCGACGUGGAGGCAUUUGUCAAGUGGCUGGAUGAAGAACUGUCGUCCCUGGUCGACGAGAGGGCGGUCCUGAAGCAUUUUCCGCAUUGGCCUGAAAGAAAAGCAGAUGCCAUGAGGGAAGCUGCUUUUAGCUAUCGGGACUUGAGGAACUUAGAAUCCGAAGUUUCUUCGUUCCAGGACAAUCCCAAAGAGCCCCUCAUCCCAGCCCUGAGACGGAUGCAAGCAUUGCAAGACAGGUUGGAGCAAAGUAUUAACAACGUGGAGAGGAUGAGAGAGAGCACGAGUAAGAAAUACAGAGAUCUCCAGAUUCCUUGGCAAUGGAUGCUGGACACGGGACUGAUCGGUCAGAUGAAGCUAAGCUCACUGAGACUGGCGAAGGAAUACAUGAAGAGGAUAGCUAGAGAAAUGCGCUCUAGUGAGUGCUCGCAAGAGGACAACCUUAUGCUUCAAGGGGUUCGCUUUGCUUUCCGAGUGCACCAGUUUGCAGGUGGUUUUGACGACGAAACCAUAGGUGCCUUUGAACUACUGAAGAAGGUUGGCUUGGGUUAUCAGAAACAACUAAAUAUGGCCACAGACUUGUAAUCUUGUGUGGUUGGUCAGGACACAGACUAGAGAGAGUCGAAGAGCGAGUGCAACACUUAAAGAGAAAUAUCGAUCGUAAAUGUUCUCAAUCGUGAUAAAAUGGAUAUGGCGUACUCGGUUUUUAUAUAUAAUCAUAUGAAACACCAGAAUUCUAUUUAAUAAUGAACAUUAGCCAACAUGCCAUAUCAAGUUAUACCCUAUAGUCGUAAAGCUAAAUGAAGAGUUACCUCAUAUUUCCAUCCCAUAUCUCACGUAUAAGCUGUGAAGCUGUUUAUGAGUGGAAGGCAGUAUAACUUUCUUUACUUGUUUCUGUAGAUUUUAGUUUUGAGGGAUUUAGUUAGCCAUUGCAAUCACAUUGCAGUACUAAUCAUAUGUUGCAGUACUAAUCAUAUGGCAUUUGAUAACAUCCAAUGCAUUGUGAGUCUAUCUUUGGGCAUUAUUGUUGCUGAAAUCCGCGCGAUCCACGGUUAGCAACCCCAAGUCCAAGGGCAGAGAGAAACUGCAAAAAGUACCCCAGAGUUUUCUCCCGUUAGAGCCCUCCGAUGCUUAAGUAGUCGGCCCUCAUGGAGGUUCAUGAGAGAGAGAAGGGCAGAGUCAGGGCUUCAUAGGAGAAUAAGGCGUACCCCUAUUAGAUACCAUGUGCUUAGAAAACGUGCCUCAUUGUUUUAGCCAUACCUGCUAGCUGAGAUUCGAAUAUGCAUGGGGCCUUUUAGUGGGUGGUGGCCUUCUCCUUGUAUCUCUGAUGCUUUUACACCCGCAAGAACUUAAGUAAUGCUAAGGGAGGGUUCUGAUGCAAAUGCCUGCAAAGAGCAAAAAGCAUAUACGGUUUCUCCAAAAUAGGACUCGCACACCAAACUCCGAAAGGUUCAUCCACCUUCCUCAUCACAAGUCUGGAAUUUUGCGCAUUCGGGAAGGUGGCAAAGCUGUUGCUGGGUCCUCAUCCUUGACCAGUUCGGCGAAGAACGGCUCAUAAAGCACGUUAAUGAAAGGACAGCAGUUGUCUGUUGUUUUAGCUUCUGUUUGUUGUUUGUUGCUUGUUGCAUUCGGGAAUUCCUGUUCCUUGCUCUGAUAUUUAAUCCGUCUCUUUGUUUUAUCGAAAGAAAAGAGUUAGCCAAUGAAUUUGGUUGGCUCGACUCGGCGCGGGCGAUUCUAAUCACCCAUGUCACCGCCAAAGCAGAACAACUAUAGGCUCAUUGCAUAGAUCGGCUUGUUGGUUCUUACCCCGGUGACCUCCUCAUCGAUUCAAAAUGCCACCAUGGUUUUUGACCCGUAUGCUGCAGGCCAUUGUCCGCCUCUUGCAGUGCACGUGCGUCCUCGAACUCCUCUGGUUUUCGCCACAUCAACCUUGUGUCGGCUGCACGAUGACCACCCUGCUCGCCAGAGCAGCUUUGCAUGGAUCGAUGAGGCUCGAGCCACUGUUUUACGGUCUAAACCAGACCCUCCGGAGCAUCUACCGGGUCAUGAACGUGUCAACGACUCGGUUCGAAAUUCCUCAUGUCAACUCCGCAAAGUUUGUUCACUUUGCCCUUGAUGUGCUCGUUGAACUUCAUGAACGCAUCAUUUUAGCUUAGUCAUGAAAGAAAUGUGAUGUGUAUUUGCAUGCCAAUUACCACAUUAUAAUGGCAAGACGAAUCUAGAGCCGACAUUAGAAUAUUUAAAUAAUAAACUAUACAUUCAACAAUAA